AUGUUCGCAAGCCGGCUCUGUCUACGGGCAGCGGCUAGGUCGCAUGCAAUCCCUACUCCUUUGACGUUUACGAUUGGAUUGCGACAUCCCAAUCAGCUGCAAUGGACGAAUAGGCGCAUCUUUGCGUCGACACCUAGGCACAGGAAGGAUGACGAGAGAAUACAAACGAUUCAGGCUGAGCGACAAGCAAAGCAACCUCGUCCAGAGUCACUCAAGCCAGAGUCAGUGGAAAAGGACAAGCCUGCAGAGCCAACCCCUGCUGUAGACCCUUUGCUCGCCGAAGCGACCAAGUCCAAGAAGGAGCAGCGGAACGCAGAUUGGCGUAUCAUAAAGGAUAUGUCACAGUAUCUCUGGCCUAAAGAUGACUUGGGUGUGAGACUUAGAGUGGGCCUAAGUGUAGUCCUGCUGAUUGGGGCAAAGGUCCUCAACGUCCAAAUCCCGUUCUACUUCAAGACCAUAGUAGAUAACAUGAACAUCGACUUCGCCACCAUGGGUGGUACCGCGGCCGCGAUAGCAGGCGCUUCCAUCUUCGCCUACGGCGCUACCCGAAUUGGCGCAACACUGGCGCAAGAACUGCGCAAUGCUAUUUUUGCUUCUGUAGCCCAGAAAGCCAUCCGACGAGUCGCCAGCAACAUUUUCACGCAUCUGUUGAACCUUGACCUCAGCUUUCAUCUCUCGAGACAAACUGGCGGACUAUCUCGAGCCAUCGAUCGAGGUACGAAAGGUAUCAGCUUCCUACUGACGAGCAUGGUCUUCCACAUUCUACCCACCGCACUGGAGAUAGGCCUAGUAUGCGGCAUCCUGACCUGGCAGUUUGGAUGGAAGUUCGCAGUCAUCACUGCCAGUACCAUGGCGGCUUACACAUGGUUCACCAUCGCCACCACGGCCUGGCGAACCAAAUUCCGAAAGGAAGCCAAUGCUGCUGACAACAAAGGUGCCACUGUCGAACUGGACUCGCUGAUCAACUACGAAGCGGUGAAGUACUUCAACAACGAGAAGUAUGAAGUCAAGCGCUACGAUACAGCACUGAAACAAUACGAGGACGCGAGCAUCAAUGUUGCUACAAGUCUAGCGUAUCUCAACAGUGGCCAGAACUUGAUCUUCUCUGCCGCGUUGACAGGCAUGAUGUACAUGGCCGCGCAAGGCGUAGCGGAAGGCGCACUAACAGUGGGAGACAUGGUCCUUGUGAAUCAACUGGUCUUCCAGCUCAGCGUGCCUCUCAACUUCCUGGGGAGCGUGUAUAGAGAGCUGAGGCAGAGUCUGUUGGACAUGGAGACCCUCUUUAACCUCCAACGUGUCAACGUUAAGGUCGUGGAGAAGAAAGAUGCACCCCCUCUCCUCCUGAACGAAGGAGGUGAGAUCAAAUUCGAGAACGUAUCCUUCGGCUACUCAGACCAACGACCUAUCCUCAAACACCUCAACCUCACCAUUCCAGCUGGCCAGAAAAUCGCCAUUGUCGGCCCCUCAGGCUGCGGCAAGAGCACGAUCCUGCGCCUCCUCUUCCGCUUUUACGACGUUCAAGAAGGAAGAAUCACCAUCGAUGGCCAAGAUAUCCGCGAUGUUUCGCUUGAAUCACUGCGGAAGAGUAUAGGAGUCGUACCACAAGAUACACCACUCUUCAAUGAUACUAUCGGGCAUAAUAUGCGUUACGGACGGAUCACGGCUUCGGAAGAUGAAGUCGUCGCUGCAGCAAAGAAGGCGAGGGUCCAUGAGAUUGUCGAGAAGUUGCCACAGGGCUAUGAAACCCAGGUUGGUGAACGCGGGAUGAUGAUCUCGGGAGGCGAGAAACAACGACUCGCUAUCUCCCGUCUCUUGCUCAAGGACCCUCCUUUGCUUUUUUUCGAUGAGGCGACGAGCGCUUUGGAUACGCACACGGAGCAGGCUCUACUAGCGAAUAUCAAUGAGAUCCUGAAGGAGAAGAAGAGGACGAGUGUUUUCGUUGCGCAUAGGUUGAGGACGAUCUACGAUAGUGAUAUUAUCAUUGUGUUGAAAGAUGGAGGCGUGGUGGAGCAGGGGAGGCAUGAGGAGUUGAUUGAGAGGGAAGGUGGGGUGUAUGCGGAUUUGUGGAGUGCGCAGGAGAUGUUGUUCGGGGAGGAAGAUGGUGCAAUUAGUGAGGGGAAGGAGGAGGAUGCGAGGGGACGGUGA